UUGAUACACAGAAUCCUCGUGAGAGCAGCAGAGCAUGAUCGCGCUGCCAAUGUGGAUGCUUCAUGACGCGCGCGCGUCAAUUACAGCUGUCCGUUAACCGCCGCGCGCAUCAGGACCACAAGGAAUGACGCGAAACACAUUCUGUUUAUCCUGGUUAACAUUAGUGAAGACACUAAAGAACACACUCCUCUGCGAACAAGACUGUUAACAUGUACUGUCACUGACAACUACCUCAACUUUAUUUGGAUUGAGUCACGUCCUGUCCAUUGAAACGGUGUCACGCGUCUGAAAAUGAACUCAUCGUGACUGGAAGACGCUUAUCAUCGUGAAUGCUGAUGUCCUCUGGAGAUCUGAAGUGCCCUGAUCUGCUCAGCGGAGGAUCACAACACAGGAGGAGACCCAGGCACUGUGAGACUUUAGCAUUCCCUCAUUGCACCUGCUGUCAGGAAAAGAGCAUCUGCAGAUAUUAAUUUCUUCUUGUAAAAGAGGCUCUGGCAGACCUUCAGAAAGUGCCUCUUCAGUUUCACUUUUGCAUUAUAUGGGACAUCUUGCGUUUUCAUGGAACACCCUUCAAGUGAAAUCUGACCUCCGGUCUGUGGGAAACCUUUCAGUUGGUUAACUUCGAGAAAAUGAGCUCAGCAAAUGCUUGGAUAGACUCUUAAUGGUUUUCAACUUCGGGAUUUGUAGAAAUAUGGUAGCUAUGAGACUUAGUGAGUGAACUCAAUGACAUAAUUAGCAGGUCCACUCAAGACUUUAAAUCUUCCCACUUGAUCCUGGAGGGCCCAAACCUUAUCAACGUCAUAAUCAUGGUGAUGUCACAGGGCACCUAUACGUUUUUGGCGUGCUUUGCCGGCUUCUGGCUGAUCUGGGCUCUCAUUGUCAUGCUUUGCUGCUUUUGCAGCUUUGCCCAGCGCAAGCUGAAGCACCGGCGUGAAGAGAGGCUGAGGGAACAGUGCCUGCGAGCACUGGAGAUGGAGCCUCUGGAGUGCACUGGUGGGGGAUAUCCUCCCAGGGAGCCCCCUCAGUUCUUCCCACCGAUGCAAAUGAUGUCUCCACAGCUGCCUGUAACACACACUCUCCCUCAAGCAAACUGGACUGUCCCUGAAGCAGACACAGAUGUCUUUGGAAAACCUCCUUGCUACGAAGAGGCCGUAUUGAUGGAGGACCCACCGCCCCCUUACAGUGAGGUGCUGGCGGACCCCAGAGGAGGAACUUACACCAAACCUGCAUCCAGGUCCUCUAGGGAGCAUCAGGAGUCUGAGACCAGCAAGAUGGCCCCUGUGACCGUGUUUCCCGAACGUGACUACUCCUCCCUAAUACGCCUACCUUCGGCCAGACGCUGGGACUCACUGGGGCACCUCCUGUCCACCAUGGACCUUAACCACAACAACCCUCAGGCCUCUGCCAUCACCACCAUGCCUCGUGAGGGCCGGACUCACACAGACAUGGGCUUGCGAGGACUCCGCAGUCUGGAUCAACACUAUGGUUUGCCCACAGCCUUUCCCCUUUUGGGUCGAAGUACAGCAGUAUGAAUCCACAAAAAUAGACCUACAGACCACUUUCUGAGAUGAACACUCACAAUGCUGAGUCAUACGUGAU